UCGUUGAAUGAAUCGAGGUGGGGGAGAAUCAAACUGCUGUCGUCGCCUGUCGAAGCAUCGAGCGAGGAGCAUCGAAUGAGGGGGACGAGAUUGCUAAAGUUAAGAUGUGGACUCUGCUACAACGGAGGACAAGUGUGCUGCUAAUUGUAGUUGUGACCCUCCACAUGAUAUGGCCUUCCCAGGCAGCGCAAGGCGGGCCACUGAGCUCUGUGGCCGCGUCGGACUAUUUCCACCAUCACGAUGCUGAUCUUCUGAACGAGCUGUUCAACGACGAUUCCACCACCCCGCCUCCACCACCAGAAAGCCUGCUGCGGUUUCCUAUCGGCACGGCGACCGGCGUGGGCAGCGCCCCGUACGCAGAGUGGGCUCACUACCACUGGGUGUGGCUGUCCAACGACCGCGCGUCCCAGGCGGCCAUGACCGAGUACGCGGCCGAGUACCGCAACCGUUCGAUUCGCGUCGGCGCGGUGAACAUGGACUCUCGCUGGGAGACCGGCUUCAACAACUUCAAGUUCAACUCAAAGUAUCCAAACGUCACUGGCAUGGUUGAGCAUUUCCAUGGAGAGGACGUCCGUGUGAUCUUCUGGAUUACGUCUAUGGUGGACGUGGACUCUGAUAACUACCAGGACGGUGACAAGCAUGGCUACUUCAUCAAAGACCUGUUGGGCAAGUCUGCACUGAUGAGCUGGUGGCAUGGCCGUGGGAGCCUACUGGAUUACAGCAACCCGGACGCCGUCAAGUGGUGGCAUGAACAAAUGGAUAAGGCUCUAUCAACCGGCAUUGACGGCUGGAAAUGCGACGGCACCGACCCAUACAUCCUGGAAGUGGUCGACGCACGCGGCCACUCUGGUCACGUCAGCUACCGUAACUAUGCCGACCACUACUACGGAGAUUUCUUCGAUCACACGCGAGCGGUGCGUGGCAAGGAUGCGCUCAUCAUGUCAAGGCCCGUUGAUGUGUUUGGACCACUUUUCUUCCGGUUUAGCCCCAAGCGUGUGAUGUUCAGUGGCUGGGUGGGAGAUGCUGAUCCCACCUUCUCGGGUCUUAUCAGCACAUUGAAGCGCUACCUGCAGUCCGCCUGGGAUGGCUACGCCAACUUUGGCUCCGACAUCGGCGGGUACCGCACUGGCAAUGGCACCCUGGGCCGGACCAAGGAGCUGUUCAUACGCUGGGCACAGCUUGGUGCGUUCUCACCGCUCAUGGAGAACGGAGGUGACAAGGAACAUCGGCCAUGGAUGUUUGACAGCGAUGGCUCUACGCUGAUUGAGGACACAUAUCGUGAGUAA